AUGCACCGCAUCCUGCUGCUAAUGGCGGUGCUCACACGGGCCAUUGCACCACAAAUCCUCCGCGUAGUUCACUUGGGUACUGAGCCAUCAGACCUGGACUCGUCCACCGUGCCUCCACCGACCGUCUUCAAGAACACCAUGAAACUACCAACUAGAAUCGUCAAGGGUUCCCGCCAAGGAAAAGUAGAUUCACCAAUGCUCAAUUACAUAUUCGACUCCUACGCUACGAGCAACAAGCAUUUUCACGACAUGUUCAAGCCUCCGUCUUUCGAAGACGAUAUAAAUUCAGAUGAAACUAUUGUCGACGCUGAUACUGGAUCUACAGUCAUGUUAGACUGCCGAGUUACAUCACUAAGAGACAAAACAGUAAGUUGAUAGAUUUUUUUUCACUUCUCUUGCUCAAAAAGUCAGUCAUUAUGCGUAUAUUCUCUUCUUGUGACGCAUCACAAAAAGAGGUUAAUAGAGUAUUUACUUAGUCUGUGA